AUGUGCGCCGACCACCCCGCCGUCGCGGCGGAGCUCGCGCGCCUCGACGCGGUCGCGGACGCGCGAGAGGCGGCCGCCGCCGAGGCGAGGGAUGCCGGCGACGACGCGGCGGUGUACGUCGAGGAGGUGGCUGGGCGCGCGAGGUGGGCGGCGGACCGCGCGCGCGCGCUCGCGACGGACGCGAGCGCGCGUCCCGUCCCGGCGAAGCCCAUCCCGCGCGUGCACUGCUCGCGGCUGUCGCUCGCGACGUUCCGCCGCGAGUACGUCGCGCGCAAGGAGCCCGUGGUGAUCUGCGGCCUCGGGCCCCACCUCACGGAGGAUGGGGAGAGGGGCGACGGGCUCGGGUGGCUCACGCGCCACGGCGCCAACAAGAAGGUGGCGGUGACCAGGGACAACGCGCACGUCAACUCCACCCUCGCGUGCGCGGACACCGAGAUCCUCGACCUGGGCGAGCACCUCGCCCGCGUCCUCCCGCUGGACGCGCCCAACCUUCCCGAAGAUGCGCAGGAGUUUGGCUCCCGCGACGGCGACGGCACCUACCUGUACGAUUGCGCCAUGCCGCUCAAGCUACCGAGCCUGCUCAACGCCGUGAGGGUCCCGAGAUACUUCGUGCACGAUUUCCUGCAGCGCACGAGGGACGUGCACGCCUUCACCGCGUCCUGGCCGUCGCUCUUCGUCGCCGCGCCGCACACCAAAUCGUCCCUGCACGUCGAUCAGUGGCGAGGCAACUUUUGGAUGGCGAUGGUUCGGGGUACCAAGCGGUGGACCCUGUUUCACGACGAGGACGUGCCUUACCUGUCCCCGGACUACGGACGCGGGACGCUGGACCCGGCGUUUCCCCGAAUGCACGUCAUGGACGCCGCGCACGCGAGCUGGCGAAGGCGCAACGCGAACGCGGCGGCCGCCGCCGACGACGACGAGAAUGGUAAAAAAGAGACGCAGCCGCACUCGGCGGAGGACACGGAACCGUGCGAUUCGCAUCCGCUGCUGCCGUACGCGCGGCGCUGGGACGUCGACCUCGGGCCCGGGGAGGUGCUCUUCGUCCCCGGGGGUUUCCCCCACGUCGUGCACAACCUCGACGUGACGUGCUCGUUCGCCGGGAAUUUCAUCGACGAGAGCAACCUGGACUUCGCGCUGAGAGAUUUGAAGCUCCUCGGCGCCAAGUACGGGACGCAGAUGAUGCGGACGCACGACGCCAUCGACGAGGUGUGGUUCGACCCGGAGGAUGAGGUGUGGGUGGAGGAGUGUUUGGAACCGAGGCGGUUGGUGGUGAGGUACGAGGAUUACCUCGGGGGACGCGCGGGACGGUGGGGGGCGGCCGACUGGGACGGGAUACCCGACGAGGAGGGAAGAUGA